AUGGUCCUCUCCAAACUAAUCGAAGAAAACCCUCCCGAGUUCCUCUCCGACCUCCUCCGCGGCAACAUGGUCUCAAUCAGCUACAACAAAAACCACACCCCAAUCACCACGCAGUGGCCCAUCACCAUCCUAAAAGCCAUCUCCACGCGCUUUAAAGCCCUCGACAAACACGCCCCCAACCAAUCCAUCAGCAUCCUCGAUUGUCUCGGCGAGCCACAGACGAAGUUCGAGACCAAGAUGUUCCGCUGCACUGUAGGCGAUCUCAUGGAUCAUUUUGGAAAGUGGCUGUAUACUGGAAAUAUCGAUAUUGCGGGAUGGAUGGUGUGGGAUUUGUGGAUGUUUGGAGAAGCGUUCGGGGCGCCGAGAUAUCAGAAUGAUGUUAUGAGAGCGCUGUGUGCGAAGGCGUCGGAGAAUAAUCCUUCGUUGAUUAUUAUCAAGUAUUUGGGGUUUGAUGCGGCGACGUUGAAGAGAUGUUGGGAUCAAACGAAUUUUGAGCUUGAUAGGGCUCGUGGGUGCGCGGUGGAAAAUGGAACGGUGUAUUGGGGGAAUAAACAGAUGUUGAAGUUUGUCAUGGAUGUGAUCGUGUUUGUGGGGUUUAAGGAUUCGAAUUUUAGGAGACUUAUUAAUAGUGGUGGCUAUAUUGCUGAGCAAAUCCACAAAUUAUCAGUCGAAGUUGCGCGUGGCAAGACUUCGAUGGCGGCUCCGUGGAAGUCUAGAAAUCUCAAAAAGUACCUCGUGAAUGAAGCUGUUCUUGUAGAAGAUUCUAGCUCGGAUGAAGAGAAUGGGGGUAGUUCGGAAGAGGAUACGAAGGAUAUCGAGGAAGAUACAGAGAGUACUGCAUAUGAGGAUGGUGAUGAUGAUAAAGAUGAAGAUGUGGAGGAUAACAAAGAGGAUGAUGACGAAGACGAAGACGAAGACGAAGAGAUGAAGGAUGACGUUAAGGAAGAAGAGAAAGAAGAGCCCUUUAUCGCAGAAGAACUCCUCGCAGAAGGUCAUCGCCUUGCACAGCCAAGACACGUAUAA